AUGGGAGGAGAGGUUGGGAAUGGGCAGGACUUAUCUUUUUGGUUGGAUCCGUGGUUGUUGCGGAAUCCUUUGAAAGAGGAGUUUCCGAAUUUGUUUCGGUUGGAGAAAUUCAAGAAAUGCAAGGUGAAGGAAUGGAUUGUCAGGCCUGUGUCUAACUCGAGCGGGAAAUGGAUAUGGAGGUCCGAGCCUGAUUCUGAUGUGGAGCUAGCUGAAUGGAGUAGUUUAUGUUUGCUGGUGCGGUCUACUUUCUUAUCGAACCGAAAGGAUGGGUGGAAGUGGUUGGGAACCGAUUCGGCGGGGUUCUCGAUUAAAGCGGUCAAGUCUAUGUUCAAUCUUAAUAAGGAUUUCAGCUCUCGAUUUGUUUGGGAGUGGUGUAGGUGGAUUCCAAAGAAGUGCAACCUUUUUGCAUGGAGAGCUGAGCAGGAUAGGAUUCCGACUAGGGAGGCUCUUAUUAGGAGAAAUAUUUUUUUUGAAGAUAGUUGUUGUCUGCUUUGUAACAUGGGCGUUGAAUCGGUGGAUCACUCGUUCACAUCGUGUGGAGUGUCGACGGUUAUUUGGCAGAAAAUUCAAGCUUGGUGUAGAACAACAAACUUGUUCGUUUUCUCAUUCCGUGAUGUAUUGGAGGUGCAUAAUUGGGUCAGCUUGGAAGGUCAUAAAAAGGAGGUUUUUCACGGCAUCGCCAUUCUCGCUUACUGGAGAAUUUGGAAAGCUAGGAAUGAGAUGGUUUUUGGAGGGAAGCCCUUUAUCAUUAACGAGGUUUUUAGCGAUAUUAGAUCUUUGGGUUAUGUUUGUUACUCUAAUAGAUCGAAAGAUAGGAGUUUAUCUUGGAAGGAUUGGUGUAGAUUUGUAAAUAUGUAA